AUGGCAACUAAGCUGGUUGCGACCUUGGCCUUCGCCUCUGCCUUGAUCUCAGCAUCAGCCGCACGAGAUGCACUUCUUCCAUCAUCUCUACAAACCUGUUUGAGGAACACUGGCGCCAAAAUUGUGUACCCUGGCGAUCAGAGCUACGACGCCCUGGCGCAACCCCAAAACUCCAACUACCAAGCCCAUCCGGAGGUGAUUGUUGUACCUACGUCGGCCGAACAGGUAUCCGCGACGGUGAAGUGCGUCGCUGCCGAGAAAGGCAAUGUGAAGCUCAGUCCUCGCGGAGGAGGCCAUAGCUAUGCUGCGUAUAGUUUCUCCGGCCAGGUGGUCAUUGACCCAAGUCAGAUGAAAGGCAUUUCCAUCGACAGUGAGAAAAGCCAGGUAACGGUGCAGUUUGGGCAAACGCUAGGCCCCUUGGCUACUGCCAUCGGGAAGAAAGGAUUCGCCUUGCCGCAUGGCACUUGUCCGACUGUUGGUGUCGCGGGACACUCGCUGGGUGGCGGUUGGGGGUUUCCGUCACGGAAAUGGGGGUGGCUUGUUGACCGGAUUGUGGCGCUGGAGUUUGUCGAUGUCAAUGGUGCCAUCAAGCAGCUGAGCGCCAGCUCAGUCGGGAGCGAUGCAGAGCUAUGGUGGGCACUGCGCGGCGCGGGAUCGAAUAACUUUGGCAUCGUCACGGCGUUUACCUUUGCGAUGGAGAAGGCGCCUCCUGCGACAGUCAAUUAUGAGCUCUAUUUCGGGCCGGAGUCGGACUGUGCACAGGUGCUCUUGCAGGUGCAGGCGCUGGGACAGCUGCCCGCCGAUGAUCCCAACGGGCUUCCGCUGGAUCUAGGAGUUGAAGUACUCCUGAUGGGCAGGGAUAAUUCGGGAGACAGCGCCUGCAUUCUUCAAGGCCAGUAUCUGGGCACCAAGUCUGCGUACCAAACUGCCAUCAACCGGGUUCUGCGCAAGCUCGCAACGCAGGGCAUUAAGCCCGUCGAAUCGGAGUCGAUGGUGAAGGUGUUUAGUAACUGGAUUUCCGCACUGACGGACCUCAUGGGGCCCCUCGAUGCGUCGAAUGAUACUCUCCCAUAUUAUGCGCAGUCUCUGGUUGACAGCGGGUCUCCAAGCUACCAGAAAUCGCAUAUAACUAAGGUCUUUGACGGACUUCGCACCGCAAGAACGGUCAAGCAUUCAGAGCCUGAUGUGUCGUUUGACCUGCUUGGACCUAGUGCAAAGACAAAUCUACCGGUUGCCAGUGGUCCGAUGGCAUAUAUCCAUCGGAAGAGUCUCUUUCUCGUUCAGAUCUAUUCGGCGUAUUUCCCGGGCUUUGGUGACUUGGCUGCGCGCGAAAAGGCCGUCAAUCAGAUCACUAACAUUACCCGUGCGAUGAGACAGGCUCGACCGGAGAGCGAGUGGCACUCUUAUCAGAAUUAUGUUGAUCCGUAUCUGAAGGACUUUGGGCGGGAGUACUAUGGCGACGGGCUGGAGCGGCUGAAGACGUUGAAGACUGCCGCGGAUCCAAAUUUGAUCUUCGACUUUCCUCAGGGGUUAGCUCAUGCGUGA